UUUUGCCUUUAAAAAUGGUCUUUAUUAGUAUUUUUAAGAGUUCUCCCUCCCGUAUCUUAGUAGUUUCAUAAAGCUAAUCUGGUCUAUAUUUUAACACUUCUCCCUCGCGUCUCUUUCCCUCCAUUCCAUAUAACCAAACGGACGUUUUUGGUAGAACUGGUGAGGGAUAACUUUGAAAGCUGCAAACUCACCUAUUCUUGUUGUUUGAGAAGCACACUAUUAUUUCACACUUGUAUCCCAUGUUGUAAUUGUUGUUGUUGUUACUUUCACACAGCAAUUUUACAUUGUUACGUGUUAUCUUAAUUAAUGUUGACUCAGUUUCAGUGGCUCCACUCUGAACUAACCAACGUUUGCAAGUCUCUAUUUCGUGUGAAGCAGUUACAUGCUUGUCUUUUGAAAACCCAUCUCUCACAAGACCCUUUUUAUGCAACUCAAAUCAUUAGACUUUAUGCAUUUAACAAUCACAUUAACUAUGCCUAUCAUGUGUUCGAUAAAACUUCCUCCCGAAGUGUCUACCUUUGGAAUUCCAUGAUUCGAGCUCUUGCCAAGACUCAAAGAUUUACCAAUGCAAUCUCUCUAUUUAGAACCAUGCUUGAGUCUGACAUAAGGCCUGAUAAUUAUACUUAUGCUUGUGUUAUACGUGCAUGCUCUGACAAUUUUGAUUUUGGUAUGUUAAGACUUGUUCAUGGAAGUGCUGUAUCUGCAGGGUUGAGACUGGACCCUAUUUGUUGCAGUGCACUUGUGAGUGCUUAUUCAAAACUUGGUCUUGUUCAUCAAGCGUGUAGCGUGUUUAAUGGGAUUGAUGAGCCGGAUUUAGUUUUGUGGAACUCGUUGAUUUCUGCUUAUGUGUGUUCUGGUAUGUGGGAUAUAGGGAUUCAAAUGUUUAGCUCAAUGAGACUUUCUGGGAAGAAGCCCGAUGAGUAUACAGUGGCUGGAUUACUUGUGGGUGUUGUAGAUUCUAGCUUGCUCAGCAUUGGCCAAGGAUUACAUGGUUUAAGUCAAAAGAAUGGGCUUGAUUCUGAUUCUCAUGUAGGUAGUUUACUGGUGAGUAUGUACUUGAGAUGUAAGUGCAUGGACUCAGCUUAUAGAGUCUUUUGUAGUAUUUUCAAUCCUGAUUUGGUUACAUGGUCGGCUCUAAUAGCUGGGUAUUCUCAGUGUGGGGAGUAUCAAAAAGCAUUGCUCUUUUUCAAGAAAUUAAACACGGAGAGCAAGAAACCGGAUUCUGUUUUGAUUGCUACUGUGUUGGCUUCUAUAGCUCAGACAGCGAAUGUAGUACCAGGAUGUGAGGUACAUGGUUACAUUCUUCGGUAUGGAUUGGAAUCAGAUGUUAAGGUCUCCUCAGCUCUCAUAGACAUGUAUUCAAAGUGUGGUUUCCUAAACUUGGGAACUCGUGUGUUCAAGAUGAUGCCUGAACGGAAUAUAAUUUCUUAUAAUUCAAUAAUUUUGGCUCUUGGCUUGCAUGGACGUGCGUCCAAGGCUUUUUUGAUGUUUGAUGAGAUACUAGAGAAAGGAUUAGUACCUGAUGAAGCAACAUUCUCUGCUCUCCUUUGUGCUUGUUGUCAUGCUGGCCUGGUCAAAGACGGCCGAGAGAUUUUCCAGAGAAUGAAAGACGAGUUCAACAUCAAAGCUAGACCUGAGCAUUAUGUUUACAUGGUGAAGCUUCUUGGCAGUGCUGGGGAGUUAGAAGAGGCCCACUCUCUCACUCAGUCCUUACCUGAACCGGUAGACAAGGCCAUUCUAGGAGCCUUAUUAUCAUGCUGUGAUUCUUAUGGAAAUUCUGAGUUGGCAGAAACUAUAGCUCAGCAGAUUUUUAAAAGUAAUCCUGCUGACAAUGUUUACAAGGUUAUGCUUUCGAACAUAUAUGCUGGGGAUGAGAGGUGGGAUGAUGCUAAGAAGUUGAGGGAUAAAAUAACAGGAGGUACGAAGAAAAUGCCUGGAGUUAGUUGGAUCGAAGGCAAUUAUUAUUAAUUCUGAAAGUAUAGAUUCGCUGCAAAUUCGAUAGACUAUAACUGCUGUCAGAUAUAAAGAGGCAUCCCAGAAAGGUAUUAUAAUGUGAAACUCUGAAAGUGGAAAUGGAGUGGGUUUCAUCCUUGUACCAGGCUCCUGCUGAUGGUUUCACUUCAGCUAUAUUUUGAAAAUUUUGGAAAAUUUAUGCUUCAAAGAUUACUUGGAAGUGCGCAAUCCCCAGUUUAAUAACUAAUGUUCCAAAGUCCAAAUAACACUCUGAACUUGCAUGAAAAUUGCAAUUAAUAUAGUCACUCUUUUGAUAUAAAGGUUUAGGGCCUUGAGAGUCGGGAAUGCCACAAACAAAAAAGAGGGACGGGAGGGAUGUUAAAAGUUUGUAUAAUAUGUACAUGCUUCUGAACCUUAACUUACUAUUUCUAAUAACUAUUCUGAAUAUGAUGUUUUUAAUACACAUUCAAACCUGAAUACUUAAAUUGAUUAAUUUCCUCUUUGGUU